GUUUGAGUAUGAUGAAAAGAUGAUGGAGAUCUGAUGGACUGGAAAGAUAAAAAAUUCAAUUAUUCUAGUGCACUAAAAAAAUUUGACUGGAAAAAAAGAUUUCUUACUAAAUCACGAAGCAACACAAGUAUUAUUGAUACGUGUUCACAAUUUUGUUGUAAUUCUAAAUCAUUCAAUUUUUCUGAAAGUUUUAAACGACUUGGUCUUGAAAAAGAAGAUGUUUACGAAGAAGAUGAAAAGACGGAAAUAUUAAAUUUAAAAAAAAAACUAUUUAUUCCCAGAUCUCAAGAAUCUAUAGAACUUUGUAUGUGUAAAGAUUGUUUGGAACAGGAGUCGAAAAUUUCUGGAAUAAAAACACGUGAGAUAUCUUCGUUCCGUUUAGUUGUUCAAGGACCUGAAAUCUUACAUUACCAAGGAGUAAAAUAUUCACCGGAAGAUGUAGCUCCUUACUGGAAGAAAGACUCAAGAAUGUGGCUUUGGAAAAGUGUUAGAUAUGCUCAAAGACAGAAAAAAAAAUCAAAAUCUUUUCCACGAUUUCCUGUGUUUUCUCGCACAUGCAAAAACCAAUAAGAAAAAAAAAUUAUUAUGAAAUAUUAUGGAGUAAGUCAUGAAGAAAUGAAAUACAAAAAAACAAUUAUUUAAAUAAAUA